AGAAGUGUCGUUGGUGUGAUCAAUUGGUUUAAUCCAAACAAGAAUAUAAGGAAAAGAAGAUAGUCAAAAUAAAAAGCGUAUAAAUUACUAUAGAAAAGCUGUUAAGUGAUUGCCGGAAAUUGUUUCGAAUUUUUUGAGCUUUUGAUAGCUUCAAAUAUUUCACUGCAAGUAGUAUUUUAUUUUAAGUCAAACGAAAAGUACGUAUGGAUCACACGUAGAUGAAAACGUCGUGGAAAAAAUGAAAUUAACUCUUGUGUACGGUUUUCUGCACUUAUUGCUGCUUUUCAGUUGUUUAAGAGCGGCGGCUCAAAAUUUAACUGAACCAGUACUCCAAAAAUUAUUAUCAAAAUCGAACUUACCGAAAAUAGAUGCCAAAAACGCAUCAACUAAGAAAAUGUUUAACUCUAAAUCAUGUAUCACGACUUCAAUAAACACAUUCAGCGCUGGCAGCGGCACCACCACAUUACGGCCUAUUGUGGAACGUGUGUUUUCACGCAAAAAACGUUUUCUUCUUGCGCCAGCUAAAACCCGUCUAAAAUUUACAAUGCAACUUUCUAAAAGAUUGCUAGCGCGCUAUCCUAGUGGUUUCAAUUUUAAUAUUGAAGCGGCUCUUUAUUAUCCUAUGAUCACUAGUCGCCUCGAUCUAAUACCGAAACGUUUACGUCCGAAGACCACACCUAAACCUAAACCUAAGGGUCCCACCCCACCGCUGAUAAUACAAGUUCCGGGUUCAUUAAUAAGGUACAAAGGUAAACCAGCUGCAAAACCGGCGAAAGUGCAACGCAUCGACGAGUCGGGUCAGCCUUUGCAAUGGGUGGACACGAAGCCUGUGGAGCCUUUAGUAGCGCCACCAACCUCAGCAGUUUCGCAAUAUUACACGCAGCCAUAUAAGUGGCAACAAUGGUCCAAGUAUGGCGCGCCUGCCUAUGCGCAGCGUUAUGAGUGGUCACCCGCGAAGCAAUGGCCCGACAAGCGGCCCGAUUGGUUGUCUCAAGACAUGAAAUGGAGUAAAUGGACAACUACGCCGUUACCAUGGGCGUCAAACAAGAAAUGGGAGCAAAACACUAACAAGUGGCCACAAUGGGAGCAGAAGCAAGUUGCGGAUGACAGGUGGAUUCAAGGCAGUCGCUGGAAACGUGAUACGGAAAAUGGCGAUAAACCUAAUCCGCUAGAAAGUGAUGACUUUAAUGAAGACGAUCUAAACUCUGUUAAUGUUUCAGAAGAGUUGGAUGAAAUAGAACCGUUAUAUAUGCAUUUUCCUGAACUAGAAGAUCAUCAUGAGUGGAAGUAUUAUCAUAAUUAUCGCGAUCGCAGGCAAUUAUAUCAUCAGUUGCACGGUUUGAGCAAUAUCCUCGGCAUAGACUUGAAGUCUUGUAUUAUGCGCGCAAUCUGUGAUUGCAAACGAUUUUUGCUGCCACCGGGAUACUCAUUAGCGCAGGAUAUACUCCGUGUGAUGUUUACAUUUCCAACAAAAACUGGUCUAGAGGACGAAUACAGUCGCAUUGUGCAAGCGGAUUACGAAACAUGUGACCACAAAUUAAAGAAUGCGUGCCCGUUUAAUGUGCUCUCAUGGUUGAUGGGACAAAAGCAGAGCUAAAUAUUUUGGAACUCAACAAUAAUAGUGAUAAUGCACACAUAAUUCAAUAAAAAAAAGUUGUAAAUAUAAUUCAACAAGUGUUUUCUUUAUAAAAGAAUAGAGGGGAU